CAACCUUCAAGAAAUGAGGACAGUAUCUCAUAUAUUGGUAGCCGUUGCUGCCUUCUCCAUCUCUGGAGUUGUUGCUCAAAACUAUGACGUAUCUUCUUCAGCACCUGGCUAUGCCAUCAAGGGAAAAGUUCACAAGACCAGAAGCGGCCUUGAAAUUCCAUUAGAAUUGAACGACGGCGAUGGUGUCGAUUUGUACGGCAAGACUAUCAGGGAUUUGGUCGUAAACGUUGACUUUGAAACUGCCGAUCGUCUUCACGUCAAGAUUGGGGACAAGGAUGAAAAGCAAAUUCCAGUUCCUGAUCACGCCUAUGGUUUGGAACGGCCCAAGACCCGAAAGCCUGCAAAAAAGCUCAACUAUGACUUCAAGUAUACCGAAAACCCCUUCGGCUUCCAGGUCAUUCGCAAGGUUGACAAAGAAGUCAUCUUCGACACCAGCGAUUAUCCUCUUGUCUUUGAAGACCAAUAUCUUGAAUUAUCUACUGCUGUUCCCAACGACGCCAACCUCUAUGGUAUUGGUGAAGUUACUGCCCCCUUCCGACGCAACAACGAACAGAACGUUACAACCGUUUUCGCUCGUGAUGCUGGUACUCCUUUCUAUGAAAACAUUUAUGGUGCUCAUCCUUACUACAAUGAAAUCCGUAAGGGCAAGGCUCAUGGUGUCUUCUUGUUGAAUGCCCAUGGUAUGGAUGUCUUCUUCUCUGAAGGCCGUGUCACUUACAAGGUCAUUGGUGGUGUCUUGGAAUUCUAUUUCUUUGUUCCCAAGGAUGGCAAGCCGAACAGCGUGCUUGAAAAGUACACUGAUUUGGUUGGCAAGCCUUUCAUGCCUGCUAUGUGGAUGCUUGGCUGGCACCACUGCCGCUAUGGUUUCAAGAACAUUAGCCACGUUAACUGGGCUGUCGAUGGUUACGCUAAGGCCAACAUUCCUUUGGAAACCAUCUGGGUUGACAUUGACUACAUGGACCAUAUGAAGGACUUUACUUUUGACGAAAUCAACUUCCCCGAAGAAUCGAUGGUCGCCCUCAGCGAGAAAAUGCACGCCAACAACCAGCGCAUGAUCACUAUGGUCGACCCUGCUUUGAGCAACAAUGACAGCUAUCUUCCUUACGAACAUGGCAAGGAAAUGGAUGUGUUCAUGAAGAACUCUGAUGGAAGCGAGUAUAUUGGUCAAGUCUGGCCCGGUUUCACCGUCUUCCCUGAUUGGUGGCACCCCAAUGUAACCGAGUACUGGGAUUACUGGAUCAUUGACUGGAUGAAGAAGCUUGAUUUGGAUGGUCUUUGGAUCGACAUGAACGAGCCUGCAUCCUUCUGCUUGGGCUCAUGCGGUGACGGCAAGGCUAACACCGACCCUCCAUUGCAAUGGGAAUUGCCUGAAGAAGAUCAAAUCCGCAUCCACGCCGAAGAAGAAGCUGCUUUGAAGGCUAGAGGUGUUUCUAUUCCUGGCGAUGACCGCAACUUGCUUUACCCCAACUACGCCAUUAACAGCGGUGGUGGAAACUUAUCCGAGCGCACUGCUCCCAUGACCUCGCUUCAUCAUGGUGGUAUCUCCCACUACGAUUAUCACAACCUCUACGGCCACGCCGAAUGCAGUCUCACUCGUAACUCUCUCCUCAAGUACAAGCCCGAUGAGCGUCCAUUCAUCUUGACCCGUUCGUCUUUCUCUGGUUCUGGUCAGUAUGUCGGUCACUGGACUGGUGAUAACCAUUCCUCGUGGGCGAAGCUUAAGAACUCGAUUGCCGAAAUCUUCAACUUCCAGAUGUUUGGUAUCGCGUACUCUGGUGCUGACGUUUGCGGUUUCUUCGACAAUGCCACCGAAACCCUUUGCACUCGCUGGAUGGAAAUCGGUGCUUUCUAUCCUUUUGCCCGUAACCACAACACAUUGGUUGCUUCUCACCAAGAGCCUUUCUUGUGGGAACGAACUGCCGAAGCCAGUCGCAGAGCUCUUGCUGUUCGUUAUGCUUUGUUGCCUUACUACUACACUUUGUUCGAAGAAGCCCACCGAGUCGGUACUGGUGUGUGGAGACCUCUUAUCUUCGCUCACCCCGAAGUCGAUGCCUUCUUAGACAAUGACGUUCAAACUUUGGUUGGUACCGAUAUUCUUCUUACUCCCGUUGUCGAAGAAAACGCCACCAGUGUCGAGGGUCAGUUCCCUGAGGGUAUCUGGUACGACUGGUACACAUACGAAUCCCACGUCUCGACUUCGCCCGAAGAAAAGGUGACCCUUGAGGCCGAAAUGGAACAUAUCCCUGUCCACAUCCGUGGUGGUGCCAUCUUGCCUCUCAAGACUCCCGCAUACUUGGUCAAGGAUACCUACGCAAGCCCUUACACUUUGUUGGUUGCUCUUGAUCAAGAUGGUGAGGCCGAGGGCCGCUUGUACAUUGAUGACCAGCACUCUGUCCAACAGCCUGCUACCUCCGAUAUCACCUUCUCUUACAAACGCGGUGUCUUGCGCGCUAAGGGCAAGUUUGACUAUGCUGAUGCCGAGAAGGUUGGUACCAUCAAGAUUGUUGGUGCUGAUGACCUUACUACCGCCUCCUACAACGGCAAGAAGUUCGAUCUUGAGAGCAAGGACGGUGCUAUUGUCUUGGAAGGUGCCGAUAUCGAGUUGACUUGCGGUUUCACUGUCAAGUUCCGCUAGACACAUACGUAUAUGUUGUAUCAUUACCCCUUCUCCAUCAAUUUUGUAUCAAUAUUCUCUUUAGAUUAACUUAAGUUAUUAUCAAUUCUCUUUAUCUCUUUUCUACAAUCCUCAACACACAAAGUUUGGGUAGAAUAACAACAUGGUUGCU